GGCGGAUUGGGCUGGCUUUGAAUGACAGCGUCUCGGAAGGGAUGUGAAUUUUUGUUCAAUUUCCUGCAGCUACUUCAUCGCCCAGCAGCAGUCGAGGAUCUCCAUUCUAACUGAAUGGAUUGGCAUGGGGAAAAGCGGACCUCAAAACCUGGCUAAGCGGAGGCUUUGGAACUCUAUGUGUUUUAUGAUGGUAUUACUUUCUCUGUUGCUCAGACCAGCAUGUUGCCAGCAGUGCCGAAUUCAGCGUUGCAACUCCGAAUACGUGGCCUCUACGUCGCCCUCUAGUGGCCUGCAGGACGACGCCCCGGCGGACGUGGACUACUGCAUCGCGCUGCGGGCCUACUCGCUGUGCACCCGCCGCAUGGCGCGCAGUUGCCGCGGCGACCUCUUCUACCACUCGGCCGUGUUCCGCAUCAAGGAGCUGUUCACGCAGCACAACUGCUCCAGCGACGGGCCCACGUCCUCCGCCAGGGCGUCCGGCGCCGCCGGCGCCGCCACACCGCGGCCCCCCGUGCCCGAGCUCUGCGACUACGAGAGCCGGGCGGCGGCCUCGGCCUCGGGGGGGUCCGCCGCCGGAGGGCCGCACAGGAAGUACGCCCACUGCGGGCUCUUCGGCGACCCCCACCUGCGCACCUUCCGCGACGAGUUCCAGACCUGCAAGGUGGAGGGCGCCUGGCCCCUCAUCGACAACCGCUACCUGUCGGUGCAGGUGACCAACGUGCCGGUGGUCCAGGGCUCCAGCGCCACCGCCACCAGCAAGAUCACGGUCAUCUUCAAGGCCUUCCGCGGCUGCACGGAGCAGAAGGUGUACCAGGCCACCACCGACGACCUGCCCUCGGCCUUCCAGGACGGGACGCGGAGCGGGGGCCAGGGGGGCAGCCUGUGGAUCGCCGAGCGGGGCGGGGCCGGGGGCCGGCAGGUGCGGAUCCAGGCCCACUACAUCGGGACGUCCAUCAUCGUGCGGCGGGUGGGGCGCUACCUGACCUUCGCCAUCCGCACGCCCGAGGACUCGCUGGGCCCGGCCGAGGAGAGCGGGGGGCUGCAGCUCUGCCUGCACGGCUGCCCCCGCAGCGAGCUGAUCCAGGAGCACACGCUGGGCCGGCCCCCCGACCCGGGCCCCGCCCCCGGCCCCGGCCCCGCCCCGCGCCCCGCCUACACCGUGGAGCGCGCCACCGCCCGCUGCCGGGAGACGCUGCAGGUGGAGGACGUGUACUUCCAGUCCUGCGUCUUCGACCUGCUCACCACGGGGGACCCCGAGUUCUCCAUGGCCGCCUUCGGGGCGCUGGAGGACCUGAAGGCGCUGCCGCCCAGCAGGCUGAAGCAGAGCUCCUCGCCCAGGACUCCGCCGCUGCCGCGUGGCUCCGCCCCCGGCUCCGCCCCCUCCCUGCUCGCUCUGCUGGCCCUGCUUCUGUUGCUUUUGUAAAAAAAAAAUUUUGAAAAAAAUGAAAUUCUAAAAAUAAAUGACGAAAGAGUGAGAAAACGAGUCGGCAGGAAGGCGACUCCAGCUUGAGGAAGGAGUACUCCCAAACCAGGCCCCCCCCCCCCCCCCCCCCCCUUGUUUUAUUUUAUUUUUGCAUGGACAGACCCCCGCUUGAAAGUUGUGAUUUUUCUCAUUGCGUCUCCAUGGUGAGGACACUGCCAGGGAACCUGAGAGCAGCAGAACGCUUCCUUUCGGCCUUUUCCCGCUACGGCUACGUCUCAAAUCGAUCUACGUACACGGACCCGUCUCAGAUCCAUCUACGUACACGGACCCGUCUCAAAUCCAUCUACGUACACGGACGCGUCCCAAAUCCAUCUACGCGCACGGACCCGUCUCAAAUCCAUCUACGUACACAGACUCGCCUCUGCGCCCCAGACUCAAAUCCAAACUGUUUUUUACGGCUCGUCCUGUUCCUUUCGCCCCUGAUAUUUUCUUUUUUUCAUUGCGACCCUUUGUGUGGUGGACUAAGGAGGAUCAACACUAAUGCAUGACUCUUAAAAAUGUGAAACUGCAAAAUGCCAUGGCUUUCGUGGGGGUGGGGGUGGGGGUGGGGUUGUGAAGGCAGCUAACCAACGAUGAGACUUUCAACGCUUCAGAAGUCCUAUAAAUGUAAUGCUUGCAAAGAAAAAAAGCAACUCAAAAUGAUAUUUCUAAAGGUAGAGAGAACAUGCUAAAGAUGGUGUUGACAUUUUUUAACGCUGUCAGCACUGGCCAGAUUUCACCCAAAUUUCCCUUGAGUAAUUGACACUCUGAAAUGACUGUUAUUGUAUGAAUUACUGGUAUGGUGACAUUCACAAAAGUAUGUGUAUUCUUAUACGGCAUCCAACAACUACGUGGAAAUACUACCUAUUCAUAUAUAUUGUACGUCUUGUCAGUGCUUUAUGGUCAGGAUCAAGGUUGGUCCGCAGGAUUCUCUUUUUAUAAAACAAAACACUCCUUCUCCAAGCUGCUCUUCCUCCAGCAUUAUUUGUAAGGUAAAGAAACAAAUCCUCUAUAUAAUAAUAUAUUAAAAGAGUGUAUAUAUGUGUUUUAUAAAGUGUACAUUUGCUUGUAUAUAGUUGUUUUAACUGUAAUUUGUUUUACUCCUCUGUGUUUUGCAGUUAGUUAAUUGAUUUGCAUAUUUGUAAUAGGAAAAAAAAGUGAACUAAUACGUGUUGCCAUAUAACCUUUGUUAUUUUUCCAUAUUAAAAGAGUUGGACGUGUA